CCGUUCCUAUCCUACACUUCCACCAUGUCGUCGUACUUGAUCCUUACCCUGACUGCCCUUGUCAUCUUUCUGGGAACAUUUUCGGUCUACAGAUUGUACCUGCAUCCAAAUUCCAAGUUUCCGGGUCCAAAGCUAUGGGCAAUCUCUCGUGUGCCUAUGGCUUACAACCUUGCUCGUGGCCGACUUCCAUACCGGAUUGCUGAACUCCACGACAAGUAUGGUCCGGUUGUCCGUGUCGCUCCCAACGAUCUUUCAUUCAUCACCGCCGAGGCCUGGAACGAUAUCUAUGGCAAGCCUGUUGGCAGGCCUCAACUUGCCAAAGAUCCCGUGGCCUUCCUUCGCAACCCGAAUGAUUACGCUGACCUCCUUUUCGAACCCGAUCCUACUGAGCAUGGCCGAAUGCGUCGCAAUUUCUCCCAUGCGUUCUCAGAGAAAAGCUUGCGAGACCAGGAACCCAUCAUCGGUUCCAACAUCGAGAAAAUGGUCACUCGAAUUCGCGAGGUCUGCAAAGACCCUAUUGAUAUCACAGCAUGGCUCAACUAUGUUACCUUUGAUAUCAUUGGUGACUUGACAUUUGGUGAUAAUUUCCAGUGCCUUGACAGUGGUAACUUACAUCCUUGGGUUUCCAAUCUCUUUACCUGGGUGGCUACUAUAGGCGUGCUCGGUAUGUUUCAGUCAGUGUUGCCAGUAGCCCACCUAUUGUUGCGGAUGGCUCCCAAGAGUAUGAGGGACUCGGAGAAAUACCACAGAGCUAUGACAAAAGAAAGAUUGGACAAGCGCCUCGCCAACCCAAAUCCUCGUCCUGAUUUUAUGUCUGCGGUUCAGAGGUUCGUCGAUCGUCCUUAUGGCCUUACCUACAUGGAGGUGUUCCAAACCUGCUCCAUCUUCAUGGUUGGGGGUUCUGAGACAACUGCCACAACACUCACUGGAAUGGUAUAUUACAUCCUUCGAACGCCUCGUGUCUACAACUUGCUUGUCGAGGAGCUUCGAUCAACAUUCAAGGAUAGCUCUGAGAUCAACAUGGCCAACAGCGGAAAGUUAAAUUACACCAUUGCAGUUGUAAAUGAAGGCAUGCGCAUCCUCCAUCCUCUUCCAGGCAAUCUCCGUCGCGUCACUCCUCCCGAAGGCUGGGUUGUCGCAGGCUGGAAAGUCCCUGGCAAUACACUCGUCGCCGUUGACUCGUACGCCGCGUACCAUUCCCGAUCCAACUUUCACAACCCGAAGGAAUUUGUCCCCGAACGCUGGAUGUCCGAUCCCCCGGCGCCGUACAAGAAUGAUAAGCUAAAAGUCUUGCAACCUUUCUCUGUUGGCCCUAGGAACUGCAUUGGCAAGAAUUUGGCGUUGAUGGAGAUGAGACUCAUCCUUGCGAAAAUCUUCUUCAACUUCGAUGUAGAGAUUAUGCCGGAGAGUGUCGGCUAUGUUGAAGGACUGAAGGUCUAUACAUUCAUCAAGCGUCCACCAUUCAUGAUUAAGAUGACUCCUGUUGCUGUCUGAAGG